AUGAACGUGAUUGAAGCUGUCCAACAAUUUGCCGCGCUUGGGGAUAUCGUCGUUGGCGGAUCUCAGAAUAUCAUCGCUUGUGGUAUUUGGACAGCGUACUCUGAGAGAUCGCUUGUGGUCUCAGCGCUGAUUCAUGUCCAGCUUGUGACAAAACAUUCAUCCUAUCUUGAAAAAUUAUCUACGCUGUUUAUGGUCGCCGGUCGCUCAGCUCCACGAUAUGAGAAAAUGGCUCUUCUAUACCCACGGUCGAAAAACCUUCAAUCGUACAUGUGUGAUUACUACAUUACAAUCGUUCAAAUUUGCCAGAAAAUCCUAAAAUUCUCGCUAAAAUCAACACUGGGACAGUUAGCAGCAGCUUUAAACGAAACCGAGCUCAACUCCUUCCAGCUAAACCUUGAAAGAUGGGCGACCAAUAUUAAAGAGGAGGUUACAUUGCUGAUGGCGGAGAAAAUUGAGAAUGAAGCCUUGAAAACAUCGAAGUUCCAGAAUGCAUUAUGGAAAAAGCUUGGGAAAUCGGAUGAUGAUGCACAUCAAGCAAGGAUCAAUGCUCGACUAAGAGUUCUCAACUUCUGUUCUGAAUUCGAUCACACCGUUAUCUGGAAACAAACUCGAAAGGCAGGGACUACCAGACUUUUCAAAGAGAGUCCCGAGUAUACAACCUGGAAAGAUCCAGCUCUCUCUUGUAUCUCCUGCACACUUGUCUACACAGGAAAGUUGGGGUCAGGAAAAUCAGUCAUGCUGGCAAAUAUGGUGGAUGAUUUAUAUCUUCAUUCACAGGACAUCCCAGUGGCUUACUUCUUUUGCCGGCAUGAUGUGGCCAAGACACUGCAGAGUCGCACCAUUAUCGGAUCUCUCAUACGACAAAUCUUGAGCAACUUGGAGACAUCAUGCUUUACAGAGCUGUUGGAUACCCUAAUCCCAUGUGCUGAGCUUGAUGAGUACGACAAGAUGGCUGUUCUACUCGAGAAAGGCUUUGAGUCUCGGCGAUUGCAAUGCUUCCUCGUGAUUGAUGGACUAGAUGACCUUAGUGCCUAUGAAAGAGUCGUGACAAUUGCAGAGCUGUCCAAAAUUCAAGAGAAAGUCAACAUCCAUCUUUGUGUUUCAUUUCGCUCAGACCCAACAAGCCAUAAGCGAAGAUUUUGCUUCGAAGAUUUUGACAAUGCAACCGUGAUGCCAAUCCCAGACAAUACCUCUGAAAUCCAGGCCUUCAUUUUAGAAGAGCUAGAAGCCUGUCUUGAGAAUCAGAAGUUAGUGGUUGGUGACCCUACACUCAUACUGGAGAUCCGAGAGGCUCUGUUCAAUGGUUCUCAGGGAAUGUUCCUCUGGGCUGCUUUGCAAAUUGAAACAAUGUGCAGCAUGAAAACUGACUUUGAACUUCGUCAAUCCUUGCAGAAUCUUCCACAGGAUCUUGCUGAGACAUUUUCUCGUGUUUUACAGCGACUUGAUGGGAAGGAACAGUCUCAGCAAAUGGCUAUACUGAAGCUUAUUAUUGCUGCGCAGCGUCCAUUGACAAUAUUCGAGAUGCAAGAGGCUUUAAGUGUCAUUCCGGGUGACACUGAAUGGGAUCCAUCACGAAACUUGAAUAAUGUUUAUGCCACGCUAGCGACCUGCGGAUGCCUUAUCAACAUUGAUGAAGAAGAGCUGACCACACGACUCGUUCAUCCGAGCCUGAAACAAUUCCUUCUGGGAUCUGAUGCUCAGUUGAAAACAGCUGAAAAUCCAUUCAUUAUUACAUUAGAUGCUGCUCAUGGAUAUAUGGCAGAUAUCACCAUCACGUAUUUGAACUAUGAUGUCUUCGAGAAACAAUUGACACGAACACUUGUGCCUCGAGUUGAUGCUAGCACAGCAGCAUCAAUGAUCGUUCAAUCCACCGUUUCCUCUUUUUCCUCCUCAACCAGCAUUCGCCAACUUGCAAUCAAACUACUCAAAGCGAAAUCAACGACAGAAGUCGAUUUCAAUAUUGGCAAUUCUCUGUCUCAAGUCCGUCCUCUGUGUCGUAGUCACCCAAGGCGCGACUUUUACUUUUACGAUUAUGCUAGAGUGUAUUGGCACUCUCAUAUUGCUCGCACAGUCAGCCACACAGCAAGGAUGAAAAGUCUGCUGACUAAAGUCCUGAAAAGUAGAAGAAUCGACAUGGAUCACCUCGAUGAAGAUGACCUUACUCCACUAAUGUGUGCUGCCGCACUCGGAAACACUGAUGUCGUUCGCUCCCUAUUGAGUCUUGACGAAGUGGAUAUCAACUUCCAAAAUGAUGCGGGACUCACAGCCCUCCAUUUAGCUCUUCUUCAAAAACACUCUGAAACCUUGGGGUUGUUGCUUGACGCUCCUGGGCUAGACAUCAACCGUAAAGACGGACAAGGUCGCACAGUCCUUCUCAUAGCAGCGGAACAAGGCGACUCAUCCAUAUUCAAAGAGAUCUAUACGGGCCGUCAGCUUGAUGUCACUUGUGCCAAUAUUAGAGGUGAAACAGCCCUCCACAUCGCGGCUAAAAAAGGACUCCUCGAGAUUGCAGUUCUACUCCUUAAAUUGGACGAAGUGGAUGUGAACGCUAAAGAUGUCGAGGGCAAUACACCUCUCCACAGAGCGAUUUUGAGUGAGCAGAUUGGUAUCGUGGAGCAGUUCCUGAUCUGUGAGCGUGUGAAUAUCGAUGUGGAGAAUAAUCGUGGUCGGAGUGUACUUUCCAUGACUAUUUCCUCUGGCAAUGAAGAGAUGGCGCAUCUUUUUUUACACUCACGACUGGAUGAGAACUCCAAGGCCAGAUUGAAGGAAGUGUUACUUCCCUAUAUUGGUUCUUGGAAGCAUGUGCAGUAUACAAAGUAUGGAAUAGCUAGGUGGUCAUGA